CGCGAGGUUGAUACCGUGCAAGGUGCACAAGACUACUUAUCUGAGCGAGUGGGCCGUGGAGGCGCUGUUGACGCCUCCGUGUUGCGAGCGGGGCGACUCGGAAGGCUGGGACGGCGUCGAUGAAGACAACAUCGUGGCAUACGAGAGGCGUCAUGGACAAUUCUGGGCUGACCAUCGUUCCGAACACCUGAUCAAGAGGGUGUCUAGCUGGCUAGUCCCGUUUUGGUGGAAUGAUAGUCGUGUCAGAUGGCCGAUGGUGGGCGGUCUUGUCGUCACUCUCGCCAAUGCGGGCUCGCUAGCAGGUUCCGAGACGGAGGACAAGAAGGUGUAUCGCCGGAUAGGGACCUUUUUUUCCACCGGGUUCGCUUGCGAUUGGGACCAGCUGAGAUACUGCGAGCUGGAGGAGGAGGUCAUCGAAAUUGUAUGAACGCCCUUCGUUGUCGAAGUGAGUAGUGAUAGAUACCCCACGUUCAUCCGGGCCAGCCUGAUUGUUAAUGACCUUCGACGCCAGCAUGCCUACUUCGGCGACCUCGACUCCUCCACCAACCCGUCCUUUCUGCAGUCGCAUCGAGACGAACACUCCUUACCUUCGCCUAUACUCCAAAGAGGCUCCUCCUAUCCCAUCCGUGCCCAUCUACACACUCACUUAUCUUUCUCGCGCACCCAUUCUGCCUCCUCUCAGUCGGACGUUGACGGCCCGCGUGCAGUGUGGAAUGCACCCCUCCGUAGCGGAAGCGGAUGCCACCCUCUUUGUAUGCGCCGCAUCUGUGCCUCGCGCCUGCAAUCCAGCACUUGAAGAUGGUGCAUAUGCGCUUCGUAAAGAGUACGAUUGACAGCGCCGGAUCUGCCCCGCACCUUCCGCUGUCUGCAACAGGCCGAUGCAAAACCUGCUUCGAUGAGCUCUGUGGGACGCUCCGCGGCUGCGCACGUCCGCCAGUCAGAGUGGACUCGUCUCCAAAGCUUCACAUCCUGCGUGGACGAUGCAUGAU